ACGGCGUGAGGCGGCGCGGAGGUACGAGCCCCCCCGGGAGCGCGGGGGAGGGACGGGAGCGGGGCGGCCCCGCCCGGCCCGGCUCGGCUCGGCCCGGCUCGGUUCGGCUCGGUUCGGCUCGGCUCGGUUCGGUUCAGGCUCCGCUGGGACGCGCCGCCGCCGGCCCCGGCCCGGGAAGAGCGAAGCGCAGCGUCGCGAGGAGCGGGCGCCCCGCGGGACUCGGCCCCGCAGCGGGCCAGGGGCGAGCAGGGCCCAGCGCCGCGGCGGGACCGACCGAGAACCCCCCCCCUCCCUCCAACCCGGGGCCGCCAGCCCCGCUCUAGCCCGGCCCGAAGCAGGAGGAGCUGGGGCAUGGACCUGCGGGCCUAAAGAAAAAAAAACAAACAACAAAACAAGCGGCAGCGAGAAGCGGCGGGGGCGGCCGCCCUGCCCGACCCCCCCUGCGGGCCAUUCGGGCGGGGGUCGGGGCGGGACAUGGGCCCCGCGGCCCUCGGGACAGCGGCAGCCGGCGGGGCCAGCCGCCCGCCCCCCGAGGCCCGGAGCCCGUGAGGAGCGGCGGGGACCCCCCCGCGGCGGGAAAUCCUCCGUGCCCGGAGCCCGGCGGGGCGGUGCGGGGAGCCCCGCCAGCAGCCGGGCCCGCUCCCUGCUCCCCUGCCUUCCCCGGCCGGCCUGCUGGAGCUCCGCACCGCGGCGGAUCGGGGGCUUCGGGAGAUCUUCUCUUCCCCCCCCCCCCCUUCUUCGGCGAACAGCUCGUUUGCUUGUUUUUCCCUUUUUUUUUUUCUGUCUUCUUGUUGUUGGGAGCUUUUCCUGAACAUCCCCCCCCCCCCCCCCCCCCGGCUCCCGUGAUCUGGAUAUUCCGGGCGACUGCAAGAAGAGUUUUUUUUGGAGUUGGUUUGGAUUUGUUUUGAUACUGUUGUGUUGGGGUUUGUUUUGUUUUUUGUGUUUUUUCCUGCGUUUGAACUGAGUUUGUCCUCCGUGCAUGCCUCUUCUGGAGCAAGGCUGGAUCCUGAACCUCGGUGCAUGUGGGGGCCAAAGCCUCGUUCAUGUUCCCGCAGUAAUAGUAAAAUGUAAAUUGGAUAAUACGACUUCUUGCCAAAGGCUCCAAUGAGUGGCACACAGUCCACAAUCACGGACAGGUUUCCUCUGAAAAAACCUACGAGACACGGCAGCAUUCUGAGCAGAGAGUCUCCAGCUGACAAGAAGCAGAAGGUCGAGCGCUGCAGUAGUACCCACGACUUUGAUCCGACAGAUAGCUCCUCCAAGAAGACAAAGUCUAGUUCAGAGGAGAGUAGAUCCGAGACGUAUGGUCUUGUUCAACGGUGUGUUGUUAUCCAACGGGAUGAAAACGGCUUUGGGCUGACAGUCAGUGGAGACAACCCAGUCUUCGUGCAGUCUGUCAAAGAAGAUGGAGCAGCCAUGCGGGCUGGAGUGCAAACAGGUGAUAGAAUUAUCAAGGUGAAUGGCACUCUUGUAACACACUCAAACCAUUUGGAGGUGGUAAAGCUGAUCAAGUCGGGUUCCUAUGUAGCUCUCACUGUCCAGGGGCGACCACCGGGGUCGCCCCAGAUUCCCUUGGCUGAUUCUGAAAUGGAUCUGGUGGCAUUUGGGCAAGUGUCUCGCAUCAUGACCUCCCCCCAUUCGCCUGGCACAUCAGGAAAUGCAGAAAGGAUUACUAGCCCAGUGCUUAUGGGGGAGGAGAAUAAUAUUGUCCACAACCAGAAGGUGGAGAUUCUGAGAAAGAUGCUGCAGAAGGAGCAGGAGAGGCUGCAGUCUCUGCAAGAAGAAUAUAGUCGAUCACCCACCCCACGACUGCUCAAGGAGAUCCAGGAAACAAAGAAGCACAUUCCUCAGUUGCAGGAGCAGUUGUCCAAAGCCACAGGCUGCACUCAGGAUGGAGUCUUGUCCUCCAGGUCUGUGACAGAAUCUCUGCAAAUCAGUGAAGUGGAGGCAGAGAGUGGGGAUUGUGUGAGCAAACUGGAUUACAGUGGUGACAGCCCCUCCCGACCCAACAGUGACAUUGCUGAUAGUCCUCGCAGUGGCCAGAAGGAGCGGAUUUAUCCAGAUGAGAGCCCAGAAAAGACUGAGCUUCAAGAUACUGAUUCCCAGUCCAGUGUUGGAAGUCCUUUAUCCCGAGUGGGACCUCAAAUAAUUGGAGCAGAGGAUGAUGACUUUGACACUGAACAGGAGCAGAUUAAUGGACAAUGCAGCUGUUUCCAAAACAUUGAGCUCCUGAAGUCUCGCCCAGCUCACCUGGCUGUUCUGCUGCAUCAUGUGGUGUCCCAGUUUGAUCCUGCAGCAUUGUUGUGCUACCUUUACACAGACUUGUACAAGCAGACCAACUCCAAAGAGACUCGACGUGUCUUCCUGGAGUUCUACCAGUUCUUCUUGGACCGAGCUGCAAAUCUGAAAGUUCCAGUUCCAGAUGAAAUCUCCUUAGAACUAGACAGAAGAAGGCCUGAACUCCUUCCUGAAGAGCUUCAUCGCCAGUUUAUACAAACUAUGCAAGAUAAAGUCUGUCCAGAAGUUCAAAAGAAUCUGGAAGAUUUCAGGCAGAAACGUAGUAUGGGAUUGACCCUGGCAGAAGGAGAACUAACCAAGCUGGAUGCAGAACGAGUUCGGGACCGGAAUGCGGUGGAGAGGGAAAGAGCAUGUGCAGAGCAGAUUAUUGCUAAAAUUGAGGAAGUCUUGAUGACUUCUCAGCCUUUGGAAGAAGACAAGAGUUCCACAAUGCAGUAUGUGAUUCUUACCUACAUGAAGCACCUGGGAGUCAAAGUCAAAGAACCUCGGAACCUGGAGCAGAAGCGUGGCCGGAUCGGUUUCUUGCCAAAGAUCAAGCAAAGUAUCAAGAAAGAGAAAGAAGGAGAGGAAAAAGGAAAGAGAAGAGGCUUCCCUAAUAUUCUGGGCCCACCAAGGAGACCGAGUCGACAUGAUAGCAGUGCAAUUGGCAGAGCCAUGGAAAUGCAGAAGCCCCGGCACAUGAAGCACGUACCCACAGCCCCCUCUGUCAGCCCAGAGCCACCAGAUGUCAGCAAGAUGCGCCAGAGUGGAUCCUCCAGUGAGGGCACAGAUGCACCAUACCCACCUGCCAACCCAAUGUCUCCUUUGGCAGUGGGUCCCUUUUCCUCUCCAGAAGGAAGCAAGGACAGUGAAACAGGUUUGAAGCAGACUGGAGAAGCUCCACCUGCUAAUGAGUGUGUGGAUGGCACACCCCGCACACCUAAUAACACCUUUGAAUUCCCAUGUCCUUUGGAAAACUUGCAGGAGGAGGACGGAGAAUCCGAGAGAAUGGUUGACAUGGGAACACCAAAGCCUUUUCGCAAGAUGGACAGUGUUGGUUUUGCAGAUGUACAAAGUGAAGAUGAGCUGUAUGAUUUUGACAUGGACAUGGACCCUCCCAACUGGCAGCAACUUGUGAGCCGAGAAGUGUUGAUGGGGCUGAAACCCUAUGAAAUCAAGCGCCAAGAAGUGAUUAAUGAGUUGUUUUACACCGAGAGAGCUCACGUCCGCACGCUGAAGGUUCUGCACAACGUCUUCUACCAGCGUGUCACCCGGGAGGGCAUCCUCAGCUCCAGUGACAAACGGAAAAUCUUUUCCAAUCUGGAGGAUAUCCUUGGGCUUCAUGUUGCAUUGAACGAUCAGAUGAAAGCUGUCCGGAAAAGGAAUGAGACUUCUGUGAUUGGCCAAAUUGGGGAAGACUUGCUUUCCUGGUUUAGUGGACCAGCAGAGGAGAAGCUGAAACAUGCAACUGCCACAUUCUGCAGUAACCAGCCCUUUGCUCUAGAGGUCAUCAAGUCCCGCCAGAAGAAGGACUCUCGCUUCCAGACUUUUGUGCAGGAUGCUGAGAGCAAUCCCCUGUGUCGCCGGCUGCAGCUGAAGGAUAUCAUUCCUAAAGAGAUGCAGAGGUUGACUAAGUACCCUCUGCUGCUGGAUAACAUUGCUAAGUACACAGAACUGCCUGAAGAGAAAGAGAAGGUGAAGCAAGCAGCAGAUCAUUGUCGUCAGAUCCUGAACCAUGUGAACCAGGCUGUCAAAGAGUCUGAGAACAAGCAGCACUUGGAAGAUUAUCAGCGUCGUCUCGACCUCUCCUACUUGAAGUCUGAGGAUCCCAUGAUGGAGGAGUUCAGGAAUUUGGAUCUAACAAAGAGAAAAAUGCUCCAUGAAGGCCCUCUGAUUUGGAAGGUCAAUCGUGACAAAACGAUCGAUCUCUACACUCUGCUUCUGGAGGACAUUCUGGUGCUGUUGCAGAAACAAGAUGAUAAACUCAUCCUGAAGUGUCACAGUAAAAUCUUGGCAUCCACAGCUGAUAGUAAACACAUCUUCAGUCCCAUCAUCAAACUGAACACUGUACUGGUUCGUCAGGUGGCAACAGAUAACAAAGCUUUCUUCGUCAUCUCCAUGUCAGAGAAUGGUGCUCACAUUUAUGAACUGGUGGCACAGACUGUCUCAGAAAAGAAUGUGUGGCAGGACCUUAUAGCUCAGAUGGCAGGGACUGUAAAAAUGGAGAGUACUAGAAGAGUGAUUCCAUUGCCACCACAGUCAGGACCUGGAGAAGAGGAGCGUGAAGAAGAGGAGCACCAGAAGCUCAAAGAGCAGCAUGACAUUCCUGCCAGUAGUCUACAAAGUCCAGAUAAAGAUCUGGGCCUCGAAUCUCCCUUAUUACUAAAUGCUCAGUCUUCUUCACCCAUCAUGUCUGAAAAGUCCAAGGUAGAAAGUCUUCUUGUGGCAGAAAGACAGUUUGACAAAGUGCAGCAGGCAGAGCUGACACUGAAAGAUUCUUCUGCAUGCUACGAGCACCCAACCUCCAGUUUACCUUCUGAAUCAGAAGGGCAGUGGGCUCUGGAUGCACUGAGGAACUUGGGCUUGCUGAAACAGCUGCUGGUGCAGCAGCUUGGCUUUGCUGAGAAGGGGACCCUUGAAGACUGGCAGCGCUUUCCCAGGUUCAGGACCGUUUCUCAAGAAGCCCAAACAGAGAGUGAAAGUGAGCCUGGGCUGCAGCACUCUGACAGGAGCAAAUUUCACCAGCCUGGAGCAGACAGAACACUUCCCAGAACAGGGACUCAGGAAUCCACAGCUGGUUAUGGCCUCCGGACUUCAGCUGAGUCACCAGCUCCAGGGGAUGCCAUGCAGCUGGUCGGGAGAGACCCCGGGUCGAGUAGCAACUUAGCAAUAGACCAGAUGAAUCUGGAGAUCUCGGCCCCAGAGCUGGAAGGGGGGAUGGGUGCUGAUGACAGUGGGGAGCAUUUUUUUGAUGCCCGAGAAGCUCACAGUGAUGAAAAUCCAUCUGAAGGUGAACUCAUGGAAAGGAAGGAGGAAGAGGAUGUGCAAAUACGGAUCUCAGGAAAUUAUUUGAUCCUUGAUGGAUACGGAACAGUGCAGGAGAGCUCCACAGAUGAGGAGGUAUCAUCUCUAGUUCUCCAGUGCACGGCGGGUGGCCGCACCUCUUUGGACUCUGCCCAGCAGCAGCCCCUUUCCCCACGGGACACCCAGUCAGAUGGAGGAAGCUCCCCAUUUGCUGAGGAGAUGAUGGCCUCACGCUGGGGGGCAGUGGAAGAGUCCUGCUCCUUUGCAGCAAGCCCUCCCUUCUCUCUGGAGUCAAGGCUGCAGAUGAUGCGGUAUAUUCAGAAGAUAGAGGAUGACCUUGAAAAGCUAAAGGAGGUUGAGGAAGACUACACCGUGCUGCGACGCCAAGGGCUGGCUGGAUCAGCCUCCACAGGAGAGCACUCAGACAAAAGCUAGUCAUGUUUUCAGAAGUGGCUGAAGACUGGAUGAAGAGUAUCAGGACACAGCACCCGCUGUCUUCCCUGUGGACUCUGAGAUGAGAGGGUUUGAACCAUCCAGACAUGAGCUGUAACUGCAGCAAAGUGGGCAUGGGGUGCUUUUCCUGUGGGGCAUCUGCACUAUCUUGUCAGUGAGGGAGUCUAUUGUAUUUCUGCUCCUCUCCUUGCUACCAGAAAAUUCAUUUUUCAGAACAGAAAAACCAAACCAAAUGUACAGAGCUUUGGGUGUAGGAUAUAAAAAUGUAUUUAGACAUUUAAAAAAAAAAAAUCAUUGUAUUUAUUUGACUUCAUUCCGUGUAUCAAAAGCACAUUUUAAUUUUUUAAUCUGCCUUUUUUUUUUUUUUUUUGUUCUAUUUUGAUUGGGUAGUGACAGUUCUAGCCCUGUGCAUGUAGUACACCCUGCCUGCCACUGCUCCUGAACCAAAUUCAGGGCUGAGGGGGAAGGCUGUGCCUGUGUGCAAGUGCAUCUUGACUUCACUGGACUGGACCCUGCACUCCCUGCUGGGCACUCCAACUGCCAAGAGCUACUUAUGAAGGUGUUAGGAUGACUGGUGGCUGGAACUCUCUGUAGCCAACAAUAGCAUGGGAACUGCUCCUGUCACUACGUGUGGAACAAGAAUUUUCCAUGCACUAAAUAGCCAGGCACUUGAGAUGGGCAAAUUUUCUCUUUCCCAUCUCCCAUUAGGGGUCUCCUUGCUAAAAUGCAAGAUCAGACUGGGAGAGGAGAAAGACAAGUUUAAUUUUUGUCUUGAUUUUGUUGGCUUUGAUCAUUGUCUCCUUUGUAAAGUGAUAAAAAUACUUGGACCUGCAGCACUUUUUGUAACUCUUCUCUGGAUCAAAAAGAAAAAAAAAAAAAAAAGAAAUGCAAACCCAGAAGUGUUUCAAAGAUGUGGGGCCGAUCUGCCCCUGAUUCACUACUGAAUGAAUAAGGGCUGCCAUUUGAGUUAGCCACAGGUACUGCUGAUUAUAGGGCCAGUAAGUUUUAGUACCUGAAAGUAUGUCUUGCUGAGGGCUUGGGGUGGGAUUUGGGGUUUUACUGGGGGCUGGGGUCAGGUUGUUUUGGUUUGUUUUCUUUUUUUAACUGAUUUGUGCCAAUGUGUUCUCACUGAAACAGAGAUGUGCAAAACACCAGGGCUGAAACAGCUUCCAGGGAUUGCUCAGGCCUGUUCUGAUGAGUUUUGUUGUUGGAAUUCCUUCCAGCCUGGGAACAGGAUGGGAACUCUCAGGCUACCAGCAGAGCCAGCACUGGGCAGCCUAAGUGCCCUGGCUCUGAAGUUGGUCCUAGGACAUGCACUUGCUGCUUGGCAUAGGGUGAUUCAAGCUGUCCCCAGUGUCACAGACACCAUAAAUACAACUGCUAGUGGAGAGUGUAGGCAGCCAUUUUUGCACCCCUCUUCCCAGGUUUUAAACUAUUUCAUGCCCCCAAACUGAACAGCAAAACCAGCCAAACCUGUAAACCACAGCAAGCUGUCAGAACUGCUAUGGUUUGCAUCACCCUGUGCAUCAUGGAGUGCUGAGAAUCUGUCUUUGGUCAGCAGAAAGAUCAGACUCCUGCUCCUUCCAACCAAACGGUUCCUCUUUAGCUACUGGCAAGAAAUCAGGUCUGUCCUUUGUCUGCUCACCUAGGAGAAAACCUGUUCUUGUUCUUGCUGUUAGGAAUGUGCAAGGGAUGAGUUCAUGUAAAGAUGAACAGAGGCUGAGCAGAGAUGGUGUUGGGCCUGAUGGGACAGUUGGAGCCCUGAGCCCUCACAGGGCAGGGAGGAGUUUCUCUUGGUGUAGCAGCCACUUGCACAAAGUACCAUUUUUCACCAGCAGAGCAUUUCACUGCCAACACAAGCCAAAGUGUUCUCUUCCAGGCUGGCAGGAGCUUCCUCUUCCUCGGGACUCACCAGGCCCUGGCACGGGUAUGGGUACAUUGUCAGUAGGAGCCCAGCCCUUCCAUUCCCACCAGGGUGGGACCUCCCCUCCUUGCCUUCAGCCACACGGUUAAGCCCCCCAGCUGGGACUCUGCCUCAUGCUGAUGUGGCAUCUCUCACCUGAUCCCACCAGAAAGAGAAGUGGGCCAUGGACAGACUUGGUGUUUGAGGCCCUUUUCCCCUUACAUAAAAGGACCUUUGUUCUCCCCCUCAUCAGACCCCCUGGUCUGCACACUCCAGGAACAGGAGCAGUUGUUAGGACCUUAGCUUUCUAAAAGUUUUCCAGGAGGUUUCCAUGGUUGUUGGAAAAUGAACACUGGAUCAGAGAGAGCCUUAGUCUGGCUCUUCAAGAGUGUGCUGGAAGACCAGAUUUCUGCCUCUGGAGCUGGUGGAGUGGAAUUUUCCACUCCUGGCUGGUGAUUGAUACAUUCCCUUAUUCAGACUGGGUUGCAGAGCAGGAUGAGGUUCUCUGGAUUGUUUGCCCCAGCCCCUACUCCCCAGUGUUUGGUUUGGGGUAUUUUCCUCCCCAAAUGCAAGAUGAGCAAGGGUUUCUUGUCUUGGGAGCCAAGCUGCAGUACAGCAUCCAUUCUUUCCUGUCCUCCUGGGAAGUGAUUUCUGCUGUUAUGGGAUAUAGUUGAUGGACAAGUCACAUGGGUACUUUCUGGAAAGGGAAAUCUCUUCCUUCUGUAGAAGGACAGAAAGAGUAAAUGCAGAGCCUGGUUUGUUGAACAUACCUUGUUUGUAGGGAGGGGAGACUGAACAUCCUAUAGGUGGGAUCAGAAAGAAAGAUGAGGAACAUAAACCACAAGAGCUAAGAAGUCGAGAAGGCUUGGGUCAGCUUUCAGGUAGCACUAUGUCUAUUCCCAGUGUGUCCAUAAAACUGAUUGACAGAUACUGCCCCUGUUACUAGAAGAGGGGUGUGACAUUCAGCAGGUGACCCUUGGUUAUUCUAAUCAGUGCUUGAUGGUAUCUGGUAUUAUUUUCCCCAAAGAAAUUCCUUAAUUCCCUCCCCCCAAAAGGUGCCAACUGACAAGCAGAUGUACUGCAAAAGGGAUACUGCAGCCAAAACACUGCUGUUUUCUUUUGAAUUAAGUCUUGUGGAGCUCUCUUCAUACUAGAAUAUUUUUAUUUUUCUUUGUACAACAUACAAUCAUGUACUCUUAACAGAGAUUUACUUUAAAGAGAAGAAAAGAAUAAAUAAAUCUGGAAGUAUUCUUUAAAAAUACACAAAAAAUCUUUAUUAAUAAUCCUGUAUUUUUACUGAUCAUGUUUGAAUGUCUAAAAAGACUUUAUUGUUCUAAUUAUCCAGAUGUAUGUUUGUAAAAUAGCUCUUUUAUGACUUAGCUGAUAAGGUUGUAUGUUUCUGGAAUUAAAUAUUGGUCACUUAAAAAAAAGAAAUCUGUUUUCAGGAUCUGGGAAAUAGAAAAUUUAAGCGUUUCAAAUAUCAUUAAAUAAGCUUAAAGGAAAAAAA